UACCUUUCUCUGGCUCUCUCUCUCUCCCUCUUCCCUUUAAACAGGGUUAAGUAUCAAGCCAUUGCUGGGAACUCAUAUGACUACUUUUCUAAGAGUUUUAGUUUUGAUGGGGCGUUAGCAUGAAUGGCUUAAUUCGUGUCCUGUACAUGAUUCAAUGAGGUGAUUUGGCCAGAAAAAGAAGUGCUAGCUCCUGCUGUCCUGCUGCAGAGUUUAGCUAAAAGCAAAGAAGCAUUUGAGGAGUUAUAAAGGAAAUGGAAGCAUCAGUUGUUGUAAUCUCAAACAAUGUUUCCAGGGUUCUUCUCAUCGUUUUCCUGUUGUUGAAUUGCUUCCCUACACUACUGUUAAUAUCUGAAGCUCAAACCUUACCAGAUGCAGAAGUACAAGCGCUUAAAAGCAUAGCAAAGAAAUUAAAAAAUGGGCAUUGGAACGUGAGUUCAACUUCCUGCAGUGAGGGUGGAGGUUUAAAUGUGAACAUUAGUGGCUCCGCCGCCGGCUUGGGCAAGAGCAACGUCACUUGUAGCUGCUCCACUACUGUUUGCCAUAUCACAAAUAUUCAGCUAAUGGGGAUGAACCUCACUGGAGUUAUACCUGAAGAAUUCGCUGAUCUUCCAUAUUUGCAAGAAAUAGACCUGACUCUAAACUAUCUGAAUGGAUCAAUUCCUACUCGUUGGGCUGAGAUCCCUCUCGUCAUCAUCUCUAUGUUGGGAAACCGCAUCAGUGGAACAAUUCCUAAGGAGAUUGGUGGCAUCGCUACGCUGGAGCAGCUGGUCUUGGAAGAUAACGAACUUGAAGGAACCCUUCCUCCAGAGCUUGGUAAUUUAUCACGUUUGAAGAGAUUCAUUGUUUCUACGAACAAUUUCUCAGGAAUUAUACCGGAAACAUAUGGCAAGCUUACUAACUUGGUACAAUUUUUGAUAGAUGGGACUGGCAUCUCUGGGAAGAUCCCUUAUUUCAUUGGGAACUGGACUAAACUAGAUAGACUGGAUAUGCAGGGCACGUCCUUGGAGGGCCCUGUUCCUUCUAAUAUCUCCCUCUUGAAAAACCUAACUGCAUUGAGGGUAUCUGACCUUCAUGGGUCAAAUAUGAGUUUUCCUUUCCCUGACUUGCGGAAUCUGACAAAUUUAAAUGAAUUAGACCUGAGCUUUAACAGGUUGACUGGUCAAAUUCCAGAUUUUGGGAGUUCGGCGUAUCUGCAAUUCCUGUUUCUCUCUAACAAUUUUCUGACUGGAGAAGUAUCAGAUUGGUUAUUUUCAAAAGGCAACAUAAAAAUUGAUUUAUCCUACAACAAUUUUACUGGAUACGCCUCACAACCCAGCUGUGCACAACAAAAUGCUGUGAACACAAUUGCAAGUUAUUCAUCUUCAGAAGACAACUCAAUUGGUUGGUGCUUGAAGAAGGACCUCCCUUGCUCUGGGAAACCUCAAUACCAUUCGUUGUUUAUCAAUUGCGGAGGCCUGUUGAUGAAAUUUGAUGGGGAGGAGUAUGCAGAUGAUUCAGCACCUAUGGUGGAUGGUGCAUCAUACUUCUAUCCUGCUGACAGAUGGGCUUCUAGCACUACAGGAACCUUUUUGGAUAGAAACAAUCCUCAGUACUCGACCACAAACACAUCAGUGUUGAAGAUGACUGAUCCAUCCAUAUAUAUGACAGCUCGCAGUGCACCAGUCUCACUAAGAUAUUAUGGUCUCUGCUUACAAAGCGGUAGUUAUACAGUGCGGCUCCACUUUGCUGAAAUAACAUUUACAGAAGAUCAGACGUACAGCAGCCUUGGUAGGCGCAUAUUUGAUGUGUUAAUUCAAGGAGAAAUGUGUUUGAAGAAUUUUAAUAUUGCAGAGGAAGCUAAAGGGGUUGGUAGGAUCAUCAUUAAGGAAUUUAACAAUGUUAUCGUCAGUGGAAAUACUUUGGAGAUCCACCUCUACUGGUCAGGAAAAGGGACUAAUGCAAUUCCCAGUAGAGGAGUAUAUGGUCCCCUAAUAUCGGCUAUUUCAGUAACGCCAAACUUUGACACGAACACUGGGCUAUCUGUUGGAGUUAUUGUUGGUAUUGUUGCUGCUUCAUUCAUUCUCAUAGCAUUAGUUUCAGUAAUCCUUUGGGUGAAAGGUUGCUUUGGAGGGAAGGAUCUCGAUGAUAAAGAGCUACAAACAGGUCACUUCAGUUUGAGACAGAUUGCAGCUGCAACUGGGAAUUUUGAUGCUGCAAAUAAGAUAGGUGAAGGUGGGUUUGGGCCUGUUUAUAAGGGUACACUAUUAGAUGGUACGGUUAUUGCUGUCAAGCAGCUCUCCUCGAAGUCCAAGCAAGGGAACCGUGAAUUUGUAAAUGAAAUAGGCAUGAUCUCUGCUUUGCAACACCCAAAUCUCGUGAAGCUUUAUGGAUGUUGCAUUGAAGGAAACCAGCUAUUAUUGAUUUAUGAAUAUAUGGAAAAUAAUAGCUUAGCUCGUGCACUAUUCGGUCGUGAAGAUCAAAGAAUGAACUUAGACUGGCCAACAAGGCAUAAGAUUUGCUUGGGGAUAGCAAAAGGUUUAGCAUAUCUUCAUGAAGAAUCAAGGCUGAAAAUCGUCCAUAGAGACAUAAAGGCAACUAAUGUGCUGCUAGAUAAGGAUUUUAAUGCUAAGAUUUCGGACUUUGGUUUGGCUAAACUUGAUGAAGAGGAGAACACCCAUAUCAGCACCCGAAUAGCUGGAACUAUAGGAUAUAUGGCACCUGAAUAUGCAAUGAGGGGUUACUUGACGGACAAAGCAGACGUUUACAGCUUUGGAGUGGUUGCGCUAGAGAUUGCCAGUGGGAUGAACAAUACAAAAUAUAGGCCAAAAGAGGACUUCAUUUACCUUCUUGAUUGGGCAUAUGUCCUUCAAGAGCAGGGAAAUCUCCUAGAACUUGUUGAUCCAAUUCUUGGUUCGAACUACUCCAAAGAAGAGGCAUUGAGGAUGUUGAAUUUAGCUCUCUUAUGUGCCAAUCCAUCCCCUUCUCUUAGACCCGCUAUGUCUGCAGCGGUGGGCAUGCUGGAAGGCAAAAUUGCAGUUAAAGCGCCUCUUGUAAAACGCAGCUCCAUGACUGAGGAUUUCAGGUUUAAGUCCUGCGAAAGGUUUUCAACGGAUAGCCAAAGACCCUAUUCAAGCAUUUCUCUAGAGAGUCAUGGGCAAAGUAGCCGAUCAAUGGAGGGGCCAUGUAUUGAUUCUUCCAUGUCUAUUCAUAGCAAUGAAGAGACCCCAAGCAUUAGCAAGCUUCUCCCCAAUACAGUGUGACUUUUUUAUUUUCUUUUAUUUGUUUGUGUAAUUAAAACUUAGGAUAAGUUUUCCUUAAUUUACUCAGGUUUUUUCACCAAUAGUGAUGUGAUUCUAUAAUUGAAUUUUGGUUAUCAAUAACUCCCUAGUUAUGGUUCAUGAUCUGCAA